AAAAAAAAUUUAUAUGCUUUCAAACCUCCACGGCAUUGUUCCUUGCAAAACCAACAAACUCUCUCUCCCACUCUAAACGUGUUCUUGUAGUUUUUCCCGAAGGACCAGAAUUCUAGAGAGCUUCCAUCAGACUUGGGGCCUGUGUUCCAAACUUUGAGGGCUGAUGUUGUUACCUGUCAGCAACUGUUAAGCUCUUUGAUGGGGGAUUGGAUUGAGUUGGCUCACUCUGGUGCAGAAGAAUUUUUUCUAUGCAAUAGUUGAUAGAAAAAAUCAGGAUGGCAACUGAAAGCCCUAUGAGAAUGGUGGAAAGCAGCAGAAAGUGGCCCUCUUCUAAGGAUCCUUCUGCUUUUGGGUUUCCAUUGAGAAAUAUGGCAGCAGAGCAGUCGAGAUUACUCUCGAAGGAGCAAAGAUUUCUUGGAGAUCAAGCUGAAAUAGUUCCUAAUAGAAGUGGAAGCGCUCCGCCAAGUAUGGAAGGUUCACUAGCAUCUAUUAAGAAUCUUCUAAUGCAACACAACUCUAGUCUGAAUUCGAGCUUGGCUAAUUACGUGCCUGAGGAACAACUGUGCUUUGAUCCGGCUUUUGGCAAUAAUUGGAGUUUGACUUCUGUAGAUGACUGUGGUAAUGGAUCCUUCCAUUUGUCUCGAGGCUCCCUUUCUACUCAUAGGGAGGAGUCUGAGGAUGAUGCUUCACCCAGGCCAGCUUCCAACAAUUUGACUGAAAGUAGUAAUGCACAUAUUCCUGGACAGAACACAGCUUCUUUGGCUAGUCGCCAUAAAAGUUUGGUUGAUCUGAUACAGGAAGACUUUCCCCGUACCCCUUCUCCAGUUUAUAGUCACUCUCGUUCAUCAGGCCCUGCAGCAAUGGAUGGGCCUUUUGAUUCUGAUGUCCAUGCAAUUUCGUUGAAUGUUUCUUCUAUUGAUGCUUCUAAGCUACCGGAACCAAAUUCAGGCUGUACUGAUGUUUCUUCAGAGGCUUGUGCUCCGGAUGCACAUGCUUUUGGACUGGUGCCCGAUAAUAAUCCUUUAGUGACCUCUUUUACGAGCUCAAGGUGUCCUGACAAUAGAGGGAGCUCACCAACGCUAGAAAACAGUGAAUCAAAUGAUAAGGAUGCUGGUUUAAAGGAUGAUGCAUCAAUUAGUGGUGCCCUUGGGCCAGAUGGCUCCAGAACGGACUCUAAAACUAGAGCAUCUGAUGCAGCGAGUGACAGGAACAAACAAGAAGAGCCACUGUCUUAUAAGAGGAAUAUGGUGCAACACUAUCCAGCAGGACAUUGGCGUACUCAAUAUCAAGUUCAGGGGUUCCAGGCCCAAGUAAGUUCUCAAGGAACAAAUCAUUCUCGUGGUGUUAUGGAAAAAGUUCACCAUAGUCAUCCCAAUUUCUCCUCUGUUGAGGUACAGCCUUCAUUGCAUUCUCCUGGAUUCACACCUCCCGUAUAUCAAACAGCAGCCACUUAUAUGACAUCAGCAAAUCCAUAUUACCCAAAUUAUUAUCCAUCAGGGUUGUUUGCUCCUCAAUAUAGUGUGGGUGGAUAUGCUUUGAGUUCAGCACAUCAUCCCCCAUAUAUGGCUGCAUACUCUUCUCAUGGUGCGAUUCCACUACCAUUUGAUGCAACUUCUGGUCCAAGCUUUAGUGGUGGAACUGCUGGUCCUUCAACAGGGGAAGGCAUCCCGCUUGUUGGUGAUCUGCAAUACCUAAGGAAAAUUUAUGGGCAGCAUGGAUUAGUGCUUCAACCUUCUUUUGUGGAUCCUCAUCAUAUGCUGUGCUAUCCACAUCCUAUUGAUAAUGCAUAUAACACUGCAUUCCAUUCUCGGUUGGCACCUGCAGGUGUUAUUGGGAGCCAGAUUGAUCCUUUUGCUUUACAGAAAGAGUCAACUGCUGCCUCUUAUAUGAGUCAUCAGAAACUCUACCCUCCAACAAAUGGGAGUAUGAGCAUUCUAAGUCCAGAAAAAGUUGGAACUACUAGUAGUAGUUAUUUUCCAAAUCCUCCUAACUUGGAUGUCAUGACACAACUUCCACCAUCACCUCUUCCUAGUCCAUUACCGCCAUCAUCUCCGGUUGGUGGAAUGAAUCAUGUAGGUUGGCAAAAUGAAAUGAGGUUUCCUCAAGGUUUAAUUAGAAAUGCAGGACUAUAUUCUGGAUGGCAAGGAAGGAGAGGACUCAACAACUUUGAUGACUCCAAAAGACACUCUCUUCUUGAAGAACUGAGAUCCAGCAAUGCCCGAAAGUUUGAACUCUCAGAUAUUGCAGGGCGUAUUGUUGAAUUCAGUGUUGAUCAACAUGGGAGCCGAUUUAUUCAGCAAAAGCUGGAACAUUGCAGUAUUGAAGACAAGGCAUCUGUUUUCAAAGAAGUUCUUCCACAUGCUUCGAAAUUAAUGAUAGAUGUUUUUGGUAAUUAUGUUAUUCAAAAGUUUUUUGAACACGGAAGUCUUGAGCAGCGAAAGGAACUUGCUGAUCAACUUGCUGGACGGAUGUUGUCUUUAAGUUUGCAGAUGUAUGGCUGUCGUGUAAUCCAGAAGGCACUUGAUGUUAUAGAGCUUGAUCAGAAAAUACAACUCGUGCACGAGCUUGAUGGACAUGUCAUGAGAUGUGUACGUGAUCAAAAUGGAAAUCAUGUUAUACAGAAAUGUAUAGAAUGUAUCCCUGCAGAGAAAAUUGGAUUUAUUAUUUCUGCUUUCCGUGGUCAAGUUGCAAUGCUUUCUACUCAUCCUUAUGGUUGCCGUGUCAUACAGAGAGUUUUGGAGCAUUGCUCAGAUGAGCUGCAAGUUCAAUGUGUGAUGGACGAAAUUUUGGAGUCUGCUUAUGGUCUUGCUCAAGAUCAGUAUGGCAAUUAUGUCACGCAGCAUAUUUUGGAGAUGGGAAAGCCCCAUGCAAGAAGUCAAAUUAUCAGAAACUUGACUGGGAAUGUUGUCACAAUGAGUCAGCAUAAAUACGCUUCAAAUGUUGUUGAGAAAUGUUUGGAGCAUGGAGAUACUCCCGAGCGGGAGCUCUUGAUUGAAGAGAUUAUUGGGCAAUCUGAGGAUAAUGAUAAUUUACUGACAAUGAUGAAGGACCAAUUUGCGAAUUACGUUGUUCAGAAGAUUCUUGAAAUAAGCAAUGAUAAACAGCGGGAAAUAUUGCUAAAUCGUAUAAGAGUCCAUCUUCAUGCUUUGAAGAAAUACACUUAUGGGAAACACAUAGUUGCUCGAUUUGAACAACUAGUUGGCGAAGAAAGCCAAGGCUUGGAAUCUUAAGGUGCUCUGAAUGUGAUGGCAUUUCGUCCAAGUUAAAUGCAGGCCUUGCUUUGUGGAGGGAGGUAGUAAGUACAUAGCAAGAACUACUUUGCAAGUACACAAAUUUGAGAUGGGCAAACACAUUUCAUUCUUUGCAAAUGUAUUUGUAUUAUUGCAUCUGCUACUGCUAGCUGCCUGUUUGGUAUGGCCAAGUAAAUUUAUGUAAUUAUAUAUCGUCUAAUUGUGUCUAUGUUAUCUAUGUAUAGAAAAUGUCAAAGUAAUCUUAAUGCCUGGAAAAUACGCUCUUCUGAGGUUUCUUGUGCGAAGACUUGGUCGCUGUUCUUGAAUUUUCUCUAGUAUCUGAUUGCUUGAGUAGGAAAUGAUAUGAGGGCAUCUUUUUAUUGCAUGCAAUUUAUUUUAUGUAAUCAUUAUGUAUGCAAGUGUUAGGAAACCCAAUAAUUCUUAUUUAUUCUGUGAUUACAUUUCAUUUAUGUCCUGA